GAGAGAGAGGAAUAUCCAAAAGCAUAACACCCAUCGCGGAUUGAGAAUAUUCGUUCUUGGCUUAUGGAGAUCCCCUUACAAUUUCAGCCUCCUUAAAUACCAUACUUGCUUCUUCCAUUCCAAACAUCUAACACGAUUUCCCCUUUCUUUCUCCAAAAUCUCCUCCCGUUUUCUCUAUAGUAUAACAAUGGCUCUUACGGCCGUUCAUGUUUCCGAUGUUCCCAAUCUAGAUCAAGUCCCUCCUCUAUAUUCCACCCGCUUCUCUCAAGGGGUUGAAAUUGGAAGAACAUCCUUCAAGCCAUCGAAAUUUUUAGUCGUUGGACACAGAGGGAACGGGAUGAAUUUGUUGCAGUCGGCUGAUCGGAGAAUGAAGGCCGUUAAGGAAAAUUCCAUUCUUUCUUUCAAUGCUGCUGCUAAUUACCCAAUCGAUUUUAUUGAAUUUGACGUUCAGGUGACAAAGGAUGGUUGCCCUGUCAUUUUUCACGACGACUUCAUCCUCACUCAAGAUAAUGGUACAAUUUAUGAAAGGAGAAUUACUGAAUUGUCGCUUGCUGAAUUUCUUAGCUAUGGACCCCAAAGAGAAGAGGGUCUCGCUGGAAAACCUUUAAUGAGGAAAACAAAAGAUGGAAAGAUUGUUAGCUGGACUGUUGAAACCGAUGAUUCAGCAUGUACCUUAAAAGAAGCUUUUGAGAAAGUUAAUCCAUCUAUUGGUUUUAACAUUGAGCUCAAAUUCGAUGACCACAUUGUUUAUCAACAAGACUACCUCAUCCACGUUCUUAAAGCCGUCUUACAUGUUGUAUUGGAGUCUGCUAAAGGCAGACCAAUUAUAUUCUCAAGUUUCCAGCCUGAUGCUGCUCUGCUUGUCAAGAGUCUCCAGACUUGUUACCCUGUGUUUUUCCUCACAAAUGGAGGUACAGAGAUUUACUAUGAUGUUAGAAGGAACUCGUUGGAAGAGGCCACUAAACUGUGCUUAGAGGGUGGUUUGGAAGGGAUUGUUUCCGAGGUCAAAGGCAUCUUUAGGAAUCCAGGAGCAGUUAACAAGAUCAAAGAGUCGAAGCUCUCUCUCCUGACUUAUGGCAAAUUGAAUAAUGUGCCUGAAGCUGUGUAUAUGCAACAUCUGAUGGGAAUUGAGGGAGUGAUAGUGGAUUUUGUUGAAGAAGUAACAGUGGCUGUGUGUAAGCUAGUGAAGAAGCCAGAGGAGGUUGGAGACGAGAUAUUGCUGGAAGGGGAGGAAAAAGUUCAAAAUAGACCUCAAUUUUCACAGAGGGAAUUGUCUUUUCUGCUCAAGCUUAUCCCAGAACUGAUACAAUAACAAUUGCACUACCCUCGUUUGAUGAUUGUAGAUAGUUUUUUUUAAGCCUUGUUUACAAGCCUGUGCACUCUUCAUUUAACCCCCUUUUCAAUGGGAUUGUCAUACUUAUAUAGUAAUAGUGUAUAAAUUUAGAUAGUGGACCUUCAA